CUCAGCAGCUGCUGAGCAUUUCUGACUUUGUGAUCCAGAGGAAGACACAAUGAGCGGCAGAGGAAAGGGAGGUAAAGGACUCGGCAAAGGAGGCGCUAAGCGUCACCGUAAAGUCCUCCGUGAUAACAUCCAGGGAAUCACCAAGCCCGCUAUCCGCCGCCUGGCUCGCCGUGGAGGAGUCAAGCGCAUCUCCGGUCUGAUCUACGAGGAGACCCGCGGUGUGUUGAAGGUGUUCUUGGAGAACGUUAUCCGCGAUGCCGUCACCUACACCGAGCACGCCAAGAGGAAGACCGUCACCGCCAUGGAUGUGGUGUACGCUCUGAAGAGGCAGGGCCGCACCCUGUACGGCUUCGGAGGUUAAACUGCUCCCCUUCCAGCCACCAACCAAAGGCCCUUUUCAGGGCCACCCACCCGCUCAUUAAGAAGCAACUUCUACCGUUUAACAGUCAUACAAUCAUUCUGAUUAUGGCGUAUCAACAGCUUUAUUGCUUUAUUUAAUAUACAGUCUUUGAGCAGAGAAAACUUCUGGUCAACAAAUAAUCGCAGACACAAAUUCUCGUUGACUGUUUUUAGAGCGCGACUAAAUGGCUUGAACCCUUUGUUAUACAUGCGGUCUUUAAAUAAAGAAAUUUGUAAAAGUAUAUAUUACAUAUUAUCAGUCUCUAUAAUGAAACCUAUUUUAAACUGAACCCGUGUGUUGCUGUCGCGACACUAACCAUUUUAUUUGUCAUGGCCUGUAAAAGUCCUGCAAAAUCCAUUUAUGUAAUUAAUUUCUUGCAAGUUUCCUAGAAAAGUGUCUUUAUUUGUUAUAAAGAAUAUUUGGUAAUUUUAUCCCAUAUUUCUUUCAUUUUAUUUAAUCGGGAUUUUCAGGUAGAUGUUUUAAAUGCCUGUUUAUGCUCUUAAACAGCUCUGCAGAUUCAUCAUUCUACAAAGAAUUUUUUUUUAUGUUGUCCUAUUAUCUCUG